AUGUUCAGACAAUUAACUAGAUCCUCCAUUGUUCCAAGAUUCACCAGAUCUUAUGCUGUUGCCGGUCAAUUCACUGGUCAAAAGGGACCAAACGGUAAGUAUACCGUUACCUUGAUUGAAGGUGAUGGUAUUGGUAUUGAAAUUGCCCAGGCCGUCAAGGAUAUCUACGCUGCUGCUAACGUUCCAAUUGAAUGGGAACCAGUUGAUGUUACUCCAUUAUUGAUCGAUGGUAAGACCACUUUACCUCAACCAGCUGUUGAUUCUGUUAACAAGAACUUGGUUGCCCUUAAGGGUCCAUUGGCUACUCCAGUCGGUAAGGGUCACACCUCAAUGAACUUGACCUUGAGAAGAGCCUUCAACCUUUUCGCCAACGUCAGACCAUGUAAGUCUAUUGUCGGUUACAAGACUCCAUACGAUGACGUUGAUACCGUCUUGAUCAGAGAAAACACCGAAGGUGAAUACUCUGGUAUUGAACAUACCAUUGUUCCAGGUGUUGUCCAAUCUAUUAAGUUGAUCACUAGACCAGCAUCUGAGAAGGUGAUUAGAUACGCUUUCGAAUACGCCAAGACCAUCAACAAGCCACACGUUUUAGUUGUCCACAAGGCUUCUAUCAUGAAGUUGUCCGAUGGUUUAUUCGUUGAAACCGCCAAGGAAGUCGGUAAGGAAUACCCAGACAUUUCCUUGGAUUUCGAACUUUUGGAUAACACUUCCUUAAAAUUGACCGCUGAUCCAAACGAUUACAAGAACGUCGUUAUGGUUAUGCCAAACUUGUACGGUGAUAUCAUGUCCGAUUUAUCUUCCGGUCUUAUCGGUGGUUUAGGUUUAACUCCAUCCGGUAACAUGGGUAACAAGGUUUCUAUUUUCGAAGCCGUUCACGGUUCUGCUCCUGAUAUUGCCGGUAAGGGAUUAGCUAACCCAACCGCUUUAUUGUUAUCUUCAUGUAUGAUGUUGAGACACAUGUCUUUGUUCGAAGACGCUGACAAGAUUGAAAACGCUGUCUUAAAGACCAUCGCUUCCGGCCCAGAAAACAGAACUGGUGACUUAAAGGGUACUGCUACCACCACGCAUUUCACUGAACAAGUUAUUGCCAACUUAUAA